AGUUUACAGCGAUGGGAAGUCAACAACGUGCGUUGCUUUCAUCCUUGCUAUGUACAAAGCCGCUGGUGUGUUUGGGCCUCUCGCUGAUCACAUUCAAGUCACUGAGUUCACUAUCCGAGAUGCGUAUACUCUGAGGAUAUUUGAAGAUAAUCAGACACGCUUGCCGAGUUGGUGUAACACAGAGGAAGGGAAGCUUGAGUUCUGUCAGAUUUUGGGUGAAUAUAGAAUGGAGUUACCUGCUUAUAACACUAUUCAACCUUACCCCAAUAUGAACGAGAAUUGCCCUUCUUUGCCUCCUAAUUAUGAGAGGCUUUCUAAGUGUUAGAUCAUUUAAUAAACUUGUUUCUCUCUCUCUCUCUCUCUCUCUCUCUCUCUCU